AUGAAGAAGGAAAACAAGAACCUUACCUUGUUGUGGGUUACAUGCAAGAACCACUUCAUGGGACGCAUCCCUCCCGAUGACGAUCAGCAAUGCGCUGACCGCUUCAACAGCGACAUCUACACCAGUGCUUUGGACCACAUGGCUACUGUUUGUGAGAAACCGGAGAGGCUAGACAAGGCUUCGAACCAUGCGCAGAACCUGAUUGGCGAGGGGAAGACUGCUCUGGACCCGCGAGGAACUCCGCGAUGUCGAGCAACAGGUGAAAGGGAAAUUAGCUAUCUUCAAGCUGCUUCGUUCAGUUCGUCCACCGACACGCGGCCGGAAAUGGCCAUAAACCAAAUGCAGGGAUAUCCAAUUGGAAACUCCCGCGUUCGCUUGUCAUGGGGGGGCGUAGGUACUCCUUACCGCCCUGCGCCUCCGCCUCCCCGGCGAUGGACGGGUCGAUCGUCGAGCUCCGGCCAGGUCAAGAAGGGCAAGGGCAAGAAACGGAAGCGCAAGGGCCUGAUGAUACCGUUCAGCAUCAUGGAGAGAGAGGGCUAA